AUGAAUUUUCUUCGCGCUGCUACACGUCGAUUCUCUGUCAUGUCUGUGCCCAUGAUGUCCUCGGAAUGCUCGCCAUUCACUAAUACUGUGGUGAGCUCCAUGAGAAAGCUAUACCCGGAGGCAUUGGCAGACAAGAGCUUCGAUAAUACAGGAUUGCUCCUCGAAGCUCCUUUCGACAAAUCCCGGAUACAGAACAACUCGGUCCUCCUCACAAUUGACCUCACCACGGCCGUUGCCGACGAAGCCAUUAAGAACCGCAACUCGAUCAUCGUCGCAUACCACCCCAUCAUCUUUCGCGGUCUGAAAUCCCUCACCUUCGCCGACUCCCAACAACGAUCCCUGCUCCGCCUAGCACAGCAUGGAAUCAGCGUCUACUCCCCGCACACAGCAGUCGACACCGUCCCCGGCGGCAUGGCCGACUGGCUCUGCGACGUAGUGACAGGGAAUUUCAAACCUGUACAAACCUCCAAAGCCACCAUCGAAUCAUGCAGCUCGAGCAUGUACUCCGCCCCGACCUACCCGAGCUCACCAAUCCCCGCCGUGCAAACCCAAACCUCAGGACCAGAGCACACCAGGGCUACACUCCACCCAUCCCCGCCAGCCUCAAUCCCAGAAGGGUUCGAGUCAGCCGGUGCCGGCCGUCUGGUGACAUUCGCCGAAAAGCAGCCCCUCACCACCCUGAUUGAUAACAUCGCUGGUGGAAUCGGACUGCCGGGCGGUAUCCCCAUCGCCAUCCCGCAAGACAAAUCCGUUGAUGAGAUCUCCAUCCGCACGGUGGGCAUGUGUCCGGGCUCGGGUUCGGGUGUGCUACUCAAAGGUGAUGGGGAGCUACCUGAUCUCCUGCUGACUGGUGAAAUGAGUCACCACGAGGCUUUGGCUGCUACGGAGCGUGGGUCUGUUGUCAUUUCGCUUUCGCACACUAACUCGGAGCGUGGAUAUCUGCGUUCGGUCAUGCAGCCUAAAUUGCUGGCUGAGGUUAAGGAGCAGUGGGAUGAGGCUUUCCUAGAAUCUAUGAAGGCUAUUGGCGAUCUUAAUAAGUUUGGUGGGAUUCCAUCGUCGGCUGCGUUCCAGAUUCGACAACUUUAUAAGGACCAGGGCGUUAUUGAGGUUUCUGUUAGCGAGGCUGAUCGUGAUCCCUAUGGUAUUAUGAUUUGGCGUGGUAACUAG